UCUGCGAUCAGCUGGUGACGCGCAUGCAAACGUUUUGCGGCUUUUCUUCUUAGCACCGGUUGAGUUUUAUGAAAAUGGCCACAAAAGCAAAGCAGUCGCUGAAUAUCGAACUGAAUUUCGAAGAGGAAGAUGUACCUUACGAGGAGGAAAUUCUGCGCAACGCCUACUCAGUCAAGCAUUGGCUAAGAUACAUUGACCAUAAGGCGAAGGCGCCUAAUAAUGGCGUCAAUAUUGUGUACGAGCGUGCUCUCAAGGAGCUGCCGGGCAGCUACAAGAUCUGGUACAAUUAUUUACGGACGCGUCGCAAGCAGGUGCGAGGACGCAUUCCCACAGACCCAAUGUACGAGCAGGUUAACAAUACCUUCGAACGAGCUCUCGUCUUCAUGCACAAAAUGCCGCGCAUAUGGAUGGAUUAUGGUGUGUUUAUGACGUCCCAGUGUAGGAUUACACGCACACGUCAUGUCUUUGAUCGAGCGCUACGUGCUCUCCCCAUCACACAACAUGGACGCAUCUGGCCUUUGUAUCUCAAGUUUGUGCAGCGCUACGAAAUGCCAGAGACGGCCCUGCGUGUAUAUAGACGCUAUCUAAAGCUUUGCCCCGAGGAUGCAGAGGAAUAUGUGGAGUACUUGCAGCAGGCACAGCGUUUAGAUGAAGCUGCACAGCAACUGGCACAUAUUGUAGACAAUGAACAUUUUGUCUCCAAGCAUGGCAAAUCAAAUCAUCAAUUGUGGAAUGAACUCUGCGAUCUAAUAUCGAAGAAUCCGCACAAGGUGCACUCUCUCAAUGUGGAUGCCAUUAUUCGAGGUGGAUUGCGAAGAUACACCGAUCAGUUGGGUCAUCUGUGGAACUCACUGGCCGAUUACUAUGUGCGUUCCGGUCUCUUUGAUCGAGCUCGUGACAUUUACGAGGAAGCAAUACAAACGGUGACCACAGUGCGUGACUUCACACAGGUCUUCGAUGAAUAUGCGCAAUUCGAGGAACUGUCACUGAACAAACGCAUGGAUCAGGUGGCCAACGAUGAGACGGCAACGGAAGAGGAUGACAUUGAUGUGGAGCUGCGACUAUCCCGCUUCGAAUAUCUGAUGGAGAGGCGUUUGCUGUUGCUCAAUAGCGUGCUGUUGCGUCAGAAUCCGCACAAUGUGCACGAGUGGCAUAAACGUGUGAAACUGUACGAGGAUAAGCCCACAGAGGUGAUCAGCACCUACACAGAAGCCGUGCAGACGGUGCAGCCCAAACAUGCAGUGGGCAAGCUGCACACGCUUUGGGUGGAGUUUGCCAAAUUCUACGAAUCCAAUGGUCAGGUGGAUGAUGCGCGAGUUGUUUUCGAACGUGGCACAGAGGUGGAAUAUGUCAAGGUGGAGGAUUUGGCUGCCGUUUGGUGUGAAUGGGCUGAAAUGGAGCUGCGCCAGGAGCAGUACGAGGCGGCCUUGAAACUGAUGCAACGUGCCACGGCAAUGCCUAAGCGUAAAGUGGCCUAUCACGAUGAUACGGAGACGGUGCAAAUGCGAUUGUACAAAUCUCUGAAGGUAUGGUCUAUGUAUGCUGAUCUGGAGGAGUCCUUUGGCACAUUUAAAACCUGCAAGGCAGUUUACGAACGCAUCAUUGAUCUUAAAAUCUGCACACCACAAAUUAUCAUAAACUACGGCAUGUUUCUGGAGGAGCAUAACUACUAUGAAGAGGCAUAUCGUGCUUACGAGAAGGGAAUUGCACUAUUCAAGUGGCCGAAUGUCUAUGAUAUUUGGAAUUCAUAUUUAACCAAGUUUCUGGCUCGCUACGGAGGCUCGAAGCUCGAACGGGCACGCGAUCUUUUCGAACAAUGCCUAGACCAGUGUCCGCCGGAGCAUGCCAAGUACUUUUAUCUGCUCUAUGCCAAGCUCGAGGAGGAACAUGGUCUGGCACGCCACGCCAUGGCUGUCUACGAUCGUGCCACAAGUGCGGUGAAAGAAGAGGAAAUGUUUGAUAUGUACAAUAUAUUUGUGAAAAAGGCAGCCGAGAUCUAUGGACUGCCACGGACGCGUGAGAUCUAUGAGAAGGCGAUUGAGGCGCUCCCAGAGCAACACAUGCGUCAUAUGUGCGUGCGGUUUGCAGAGCUGGAGACCAAGCUGGGCGAGGUAGAUCGUGCUAGGGCCAUUUAUGCUCAUUGCUCGCAGGUUUGUGAUCCACGCAUUACUGCGGACUUCUGGCAAACGUGGAAGGAGUUUGAGGUCCGACACGGCAAUGAGGAUACCAUGCGCGAAAUGUUGCGUAUUAAACGCUCUGUUCAGGCCACUUACAAUACGCAAGUCAACAUGAUGGCCGCACAAUUUCUGAACACGAACAAUGGCACGGCUGCAGAUGGUGGCGCCGGCGCUGAUGCCAUGCGCCUGCUCGAGGAGAAGGCGCGUCAACAGGCGGCCGAAGCCAACAAGAAACCGGCCGAAAAGGCAGCUUCCAACAUUAUGUUUGUGCGUGGUGAGACACAAGGCGGUGCGAAAGCUAAGGACACUGUCGUCAAUCCCGACGAAAUAGAUAUAGGCGAUAGCGAUGAGGAUGAUGAGGAAGAUGGCGAUGAUGAAGGACAGGGAGAGCAAGAAGCGGUUACCAAAACUGAUAACGAUGGUCUUAUUAUGAAAAAACUUCGCAUCGAGCAGCAGGCUAUUCCGGCCAAAGUAUUUGGCGGUCUCAAGCCACAGACUGCUGACUCGGAUGAGGAAUAAAGUAAAGUUGUAAUGAAUAAUGGAGCGCCAGAUUUAUGUAAGCUAUGAAUUAUUCAUUAAAUUAUACAUUUCCCUAAUGAUGUUUAAAUGUUA